GGUGCUGAUCUGCUGUUGAAGGUGUCACUGCUGCGUGGCGCUGUCCACUGCCUGUGGUGCUGAAAACACGAUACACUCCACUGUCACUGCAGGCGCUAAAUUCCAAUUAUACGCUUAAAUAGGUCGACCACAUUCACCCUGUACACUUGCCCACGCUUGAGACAAAACUGGCAAGAUGACACAUACUGAGUCUGGAAACGAAUUUGGUCUGCCCCCUCGAUUUAUUUCCGCGGAAUUAAGCGCUAAAACUAUGAUCGUAAAACUGCCAGGUUUUCCCUGCACUAGGGGAGACCGGGGCUUGUUGUCACAUGGGUAAGUUGUGACACUGCAAUUAUCUUUGCCACCAGAGGGCGCAACUAAAAAGUGGAAGACUAGUUUUCUUUCUUGCACAAACCAAAGUAAAAAAAAAAAACUUUAUAUAUUUUAAAACAAGCUUCUUCCAGAUAAAAAUCCUAGCAGUGAUACAUGUGGACUUGUUAGAGGACAGUAGUGUUGUGUCCUUUCGCGAACAAUUUGUUCAAAAGAACCGAAUCUUUUAAGUGAACGUACUGAACGUACUAAGUGAACCGAAUCACUUUCUCAGUGGUUCAUUCAGUUGAGCUGAAGUGAGAAACAGCAUUGCCAGGCCAGCAGCCGGCAAAUGAGGGACCACAUUCACCGACGCCUGAAUCACUUGGUGAACGAAUCGUGCAUUGAACUACACUCUCUGGAAUCAUUUUUGUUGGACAAAACUACCUUUUUUACUGCUAAAUUGCCAACUUGCAUACAAUAGGACACAACAUGUAACAAGUAGUGCAUUAAACCUGCAGCAUCCUAUCUUUGCAGCGGUUUGUGAGGAACAGUGCAUGUUCAGAGUGAAGUCUUCUAAUCGUUCAGUGAGCGAAUCACUCACUUACCCCAACUUACUGAGCAGACCUGAUAAAUAGCAUACCAUAGGACAGUUUACUUAAAACAUCAUGACUUAAAAACAAGUUCAUUUUUACAAACCUGUUUGCCAAAGCAACACAGCCAAACAACUCUCGUCUCCCAGUCCCAGAAGCUAUGAAUUGAACUGAAUCCUGAAUCGUUCAGGAGGUCAGAGUCACAGGCUUCUCCCGUCAAGCGCUGAAUGAUUCAGUGAUUUGGUGAACGAAUCUUUUUAGUGAACUAGAGGACAGAUGAAGGCAUCCUGUCAUACCUCAGUCAUUGUUCUGUUUUAAGCUAACUUUAAGUUAAAGCCAAAAUUAGCAAACACGGUAGUUUGGGGCAUUAUGUCUCAGUCAUUUUGGGGUUAGUUGUCGCAUGUUUAAAAAGUAGAGGAGAGAGCAAGAAAACAUGGUCAGGAUUUACAAAAGAAAAACAGAACAUGGCAGUGCAGUACCUGACGUGAUGCUGAGGGCAAUCAGGUAGAUGAUUUUGAUUACUUGUAUAUUUAAUUUGGACUUUGUUGGUGUUUGUUGUGAUUGUAUAUGUAAUGUCAUCAUAAUUCUUGUGUUAGUUAUGAUUUUAACAUCUUGUAUAAUUCUCCUGUUUGGACUUUUAUCAUUUUAAUGUGUACAAAUGUUUAAUAUCUUUUAGUGGACCCCAGGAAGAGUAGCUGCUACCUAGGUAGUAGCUAAUGGGGAUCCUGGACAACAAUAAAGGACUUUAAUGUCAACUACCAUACCUUGGCUCCGUACAGCAAAACAUUGACCCCAGCCGAAAUACAGAGUCAGACAGCUCUCCAAACUCCAAAGCAUGUUGUAUAAUAUUUUAUGUUAAUGUUUGUUCAACGACCUUUUCAGGUUAUUCACUUUUGAGUAAAAAAAAAAAAAAUGAAAACAACAAUAAUUUUGCCCUUGUUUUAUUAGCUGCAAAAUCCACUGUGACAACUUACCCCAUGUAGUGAGACAACUUACCCGGUGGAGCAACAUGUCACAUGUCCACACUCUCUAUUCGAUUGCUUAUAACUCUGCACUGACACAAGAUAUGAAAAUGUCAUGAAUACGAAAUAUAUACCUGAGACGUUGGUCUUUUGUGUGGUAAACAUUUUGUAUACAUAUGAUGUAUUGAUUCCAAGAAACACAUAAGAAUUUAAAAAGUGUGACAACAAGCCCCAGUCUCCCCUACUUUUUGCACCUCAAGUGUGUGAUCACAUUAUCACAAGUACAACCAUCGGAAAUCAUGUGUAUAGAUAAAUAUAUUGAGGGAUUGUUACGUAUGUUUUAUUUUUAUUAUUUAUAUUAUUAUUUUAUUUACAUCCGGGUGUUUCUAACCCGGAAAUACCCAAGCUGUGCAACUCUCCUGAUCAUCGCUGUUGAUCUCGUAGCCUUCUACCACAACACAGUUUCUUGAACCUUCUCUGGACUAAAUAUGGCAAAGGUGGAGUCUGGGGGAGAUGAAUAUGUCGCUAAUAUGCCUGGCUCGUUCCCAGGCGAAGAAAACGAGUGUAAAAUCUGCUAUAACUCCUUCGAUCUGGAUCUACAUACUCCAAAAGUGCUGGACUGCUCCCACGCCUUUUGCCAGGAGUGUCUGGACACACUCUGCGCUCAGGGUGGGCGAGGCUGGAGCAUCGACUGCCCACUGUGUCGCGUCCGAACUCAUGUACCGGUUAACAACCUCCGAGACACCACCGACGGGCCUGUGGGCAGUGCAAACACAGAUGUUAUCGUGACAACCCCGGUAAUCUCUUCUGCUGCUGCCUACCAGGGGCGCAAAGACGGCAGUCUGUCAUGCAGACUUUGCGCAAUGAUUACGGGCUCCGCAUGUGCUGUUCUCUCCUUCCUGGUCAUGCUAACGUUUUUAGUCUUUGGAUUCCUAUUUGUCAAAGAUUCAGAUUCCUUUUCUGAGAUCUUCAUCCCCAUAUGUUUUUCUGUUGCGGGUACCUUCGCACUAUACACGGCGAUUCUCACAUGGAUGGCGUACAUGUUGAAGAACCGGCCUGGAGCGUCAACUAGUCCCCUCCCUCCUCGCAUGGUAUGACCAUUGACUGGCUCUGAAUACGUCUUCUACGUGGACUUGCUCUAGUUAAUGUUUGUGCAAAUGCAAAGUAUACUCUCAGCCUGAAAUGUAACAUUGAAACGGAUUUAAGUGCUUCCUUGGCCUUACACACUAAAAACUCUUGGGUUAUUUCUUCAACCCAAUUCCUGGUUAUACGUGUUGAGUUAAAUUUCUGGGUUAUUUUUCAGAUCCAUUCCCAUUUCUUGGGUCAUAUGGACUCUAUUGUAACCCAAUUUGAGGGUUUUUUGAAUGGGUUAAUAAUUAUAGGUUAUUUUUCUGAGAGUAACCCUAUAAUUGGGUCAGAACAAUGGGUUCGAUUGACUUUAUGUGGUUUCAAGGCCUAAUGGCAAUUAAAGUGACCUUGUGAACUUUGACCUUGAUUUUAUAUACAAUAUGAUAUAUAUAAUCAAUAAAGUUCUUGCUUAUCAGCUACUGAUGUCAAAGCUUAGGACAAAGCCAGAGUGUACCAGUCUGUGUGGACAGACAGGUGAUAGAUCAGUUUAAUUAUUGCUGCUUAUGUGAAAAUAUUUUCUGCAUUGAUAUUUGUACCCUCAUAUCACAUAUUCUCCAGGGUUGAUCGUUAAUCUGUAAUCCAGUGUAUCGGAUGCAAUCAUGUGUUGAUGUAAACUGUAUGUACUCUGUUGAGAUGUGACCAAUGUAUACUUUCAUAUUUAAGUCAUUACCAUUACUUACAACAUGAUCUACUGUGCCAUAUGGAAAAUAAAUAGAAAAAAACGUAAAUUAUUUACCACCUGCAUGUUAAACAUUUACAUUUUAUAUGUUGUAUGUCUUGUAAGGCUUAUACGUCUCGCUCAUUCUAUUGAAUUUCCUUCCGGGGAUCAAUAAAGUUCUUAUCUUAUCUUAGUAUGAUUUACUCAUGAAAGCGGCCACUUCUGCAUUUUCUUCAUACAGCAUACUUAUAAGAAUUAAGUAUGGAUCAUAGCAUAAUACCAUGCAAUUUACUUACAAGUUUCAGAUAGAUUAUACAAUUAUUUAGUAAAAUCCUACAAUAUUGUUUCCAUAUGGGCAGGUGAGACAAUGACUCGCUUAUCCUGUAUCCACCUUUGUGGGAUUAUGCUGGCUCCCUGUGGAGGGCCACGCCAGCAGGGAAUCCAGGACCAGUGGCCCUCAGGGGACAUAGACCUUCACAAGAUGAGAGGAAUAACUUUGAGGUAAGGGGCCACAACAAGUAAUGUUAUAAGGUAGUGAGACAAUGGAAGUGAAGAUGACUUCCUAGGGGUCUUUAAUCAUGGAUUGGGCUGAGUGUUUUUUUACUAAGCCAUCAAAACUUAGUUAUAUAAAGUAGAAUAAUGACCGUGUGUUCUUUCUCAGAAUUGUUAGGACUAUCAUCUCUGAGCUCCCGUUAUCCUCUUAUAUUAAGGUAAUAUUACCAGGUUUGGGUUACGAGAAGAUGUCUCCAUUUAGUUUAGGUAUCUGCUGAAUCCCAGUAACACGGUAUAUUUACCCUCACAAUAGUGUAGUUUUGAGAGGCAACACUGAUCUCAGGAGUUAAAAUCCAACUCUUCAACGCUUUCUCAAAGAGACUCCUUCAUUUGGCCGUCCUGUCCCUGAGUAAUGCCACUUAAAUGCCACCGUGACAAAAGCCCGAGAAAUAAAAAGUGGGGGGUGGGAGGGGCUCCACCAGGAGCCACAGGCAACCCUGUGUCUGGGGCAGGGGGGCUUCGUUUCACAGAGACUGCAGGGCUUAAAGUUAAAGAUUACUUUGAAAUCUGCAUCCCCUUCACCAUCAAACUGUUGCACUUUUGCCUCCCCUCCCACCCUCCUCCCUCCAGCCAUCACUCCCUCUCCCCGCCAAAAAUAAAAAGCUGUCGCCACAGAGCAGGGGCUGAGUUAGGAGCAGAUCCUCUUUGAUGACAGAGAAGGAUCCUUUUGUUCCUUAAUCCCAAACACAACCCUUUCCCACCCCUCUUUUCCCAAUAAGUCCAACUGGACGUAAAGGGGUUUCAUAAUCAGCCCUCAGGCUCUAAGAAUAAGCUUACUUGUUUGACUUUAAAAGAGUGGAAGAUAACGGUGGUAUUUUGAAGUGAGGUCAAAUAAAAACAUACACAAUUUUAUGUACUUGUUUUUUGUUUGUUUCAUGAAAUCUAAAAGAAACCCAUCCAACAGGUCAAAUGAAACUCAUAUGUGGUUGUUGUAGGAUCCUGUGGUACUUGCCAUUAGCUGCUGCGCACACCGUAGACAGAGAAGGGUCACUGACACACAGACAGUUCAAGGAUACAUUUCCUCUCUUCCUGUGUCUCGCCUUUAAGUGUGUGCAAAGUGUCCUUGUGUCAUUAUCACAUUGGACACACACAUUUCACAGAGGAGAUGAAAGUCUUCCUUCUGCUCAUGACAUCUGCCCAGUGUUGGUUUGUGUCCCUUCAAGAUGACCUCAAAGACAUGGCCUGAGGAGAGCGAUUAUAGCCACUCUGCACGCACUCAUGUGAUCACAUGCUCGUGUGAAUGUUUGGACCCAAGAGUGUAUGUUCAUGGAAGGGGAAAGGGGUGAAUUUGUGUGUAUGUAUUUGCCAUGAAUAUGUGUAUACAGACAUAUGGCCUAAUAAGCAUGCAAAAACCAAAGACCAGUGAGAGGAGAUCAGUAUCCUGUGGGUCAAAGAGUCAAGCAUGACUUUUUAGAGCCAUUUAACACUCAUGAUGUUGCUCUAAAGUCAAAGAGAUUUUUAUCUGUCCUGAGGGCUUCAAUAACAACAUGGUCACUUCUUUUCUCUGUUCAUUACUUUAUAGCAGCCAAAGCCCUUACUUACAUAUGAUCACUAGCUCCCUCUAGUGAAAAAUAAUAAGAAUGCAAAAAGGAAUGGAAAAGCAUUUUAAGAAUGUUUCUUGUUUUAAUUUUGUGCCCCUUGUGAGAUAAGUUCACAUACUUUAUUUUUCAAUAGUCUUUUAGUUCUUUUUGUAAAAAAUCUAAUUGAUUUGUGGCCAAAAUAAGCCAAAAGAGUAAUUUAAGUGCUUCCUCUAUAGGUCUACCCUCUCUCUAAUGAUGGAUGAUCAAUAGCACAGUG